GUUUGGAAAGAAGUGUGGAUAGCUCAAUGACAAGAAUCCCUGGCUGCUAAGCAAACUGCCUCACCCUACUUUGAGGACUUGUAAGGAGACUAUAUAAGGACAUCUUCGCCUGCUUCCACUUACUUGCCUGUCCAAGAUCUGUUGGAAUCUGCUUCUACAGAAGACCAGCUGAAACAAAUAGCUUCGUGGGACUGAGCACAACUACUAGAUUCUUGGACUUCCGUUCACAGCUGCCAAUUGUUGGGAGUACAAUAAUGGAGGAGUCGGAAUUGGAGAUUUUUAGAAGUAAGUUUGUUAGAGGCUCAUCUGUCACGAAGCAGCAUGCCUGGCGAAACCAGCACAGCGAGAAGCGUUGCUCUUCCUCCAUCAGUUCUAUAUCCCUGGACAGAAUGCCAUCGGAAAUCUUGGUGAAGAUACUUUCUUACUUGGAUGCGGUGACCUUGGUGUGCAUUGGAUGUGUGAGCAGACGCUUUUAUCAUUUGGCUGAUGACAAUCUUAUUUGGGUCAGGAAGUACGCAGCUGCAUUUAGAUCAAAAAGAUCACGUUGGAAAGCUACUUCAGUGGAGGAAACAGCCACAAGUCUGAGCUUGCUGUCAGUUUGGGAUAAAGAAGAUGGAUACUGGAAGAAAGAAUAUAUUACAAAGCAGAUCUCAUCUGUGAAAGCAGCCCUCACCAACAGCCUCAGUCCUGUCAAACGCCGCACAAGCCUUCCUUCGAAAACCAAAGAGUCCCUCAGAAUAUCUGGCUUAGGUUGGACAAUCAUCUUAAGAGAAGCCAGUGGCAAAGAACACAUCAUGCAGCAUUCGAAUCUUUCCGUAAAUGACAACUCUGUCACUGUUUUUUGGCAUGACAAAAAUUGGCCACAUGUAGACACGUUGUCCACCCUGGAUUUGUAUGGUGCCACACCAAUUUUUAUGGAGCAGUAUAAAGGCCCUAACACAAGUUGUCCACGAUGGCUGUCUUUAAUUGAAAAGUACGAUCUGAGUAAUUUACGCAAGUCUGCUAUGAUUGGCUGCGACAGACAUGUUCGGGUAUUCUGUGUAAAUCCUGGCCUCCUGGUGGGGCUGUGGCAGGAGAAUGGUGGACUAGCUUUUGUCAUGGCAAAUAUUCAUUCCCAUGGCCUUUUCGAGAGAAGCAUAAUGGGCUCAGACACUAUUCCCUAUACAUUGCCUCCCGACACUACAUUUGUGGAUAACUACCCAGACUCAAUGACCUUUUAUGGAGAUAAAGGCUUUCAGCUGCAUAUCGACAUUCAUGGCAGUAAGACUUACUUCCUGUGUAGCACCUUCCACAAUCUCUUCUGCAGGAGAGCGGGCAUUAACAAUGGAUAUGUGAAGUUCUUGAUGAUAAACUUAAAAAAUAACAGAGAACACCUACCUCUUGUUGGAAAAGUUGGCCUUGAAUGGAGAACUGACUGUUUAAAUGGCCGUAUUGAGAGUUGCAUUGUAGUGGAUAUGACCUUGCUGGAUGAGGACAAGAAGCCCAUCUGGUAUGUGAGUUCUCCAGUGUGCUUGAGAUCUGCCUGCCUUCCUGAUUUCCCGCAGCCGGCUUACUCUUUCGAGUACAUGGACAGCGUAGGAGGAGUGUGCGCAGACCUAGGGUGGUUUGAAAAUACCGAUGAAUACUUCAUUGUCAGACUGGACAUUUACCUCAGUGUAGCAAAAUUACAACAAUGGUUUGGGAGGCAAUAAAUGCUGAGUUAGCAGUAGGGAGUCUUGUUAUUAGUAAGCUGUUUGUUUUUUACAACUUUGUUUUUAUUGAAAGUUAAAAUAAAGCAUAUUUGUGGUAGUC